AUGGCCCCGUUUAUCACCAAGUUCGAGCCAUACGAGCCAGAGGAAUACGUCGUGUGCAAGAAAAGCGGGACGAGAUCCCCCGCUAGACUCGAGAAGGUGGCUAUUGUCGGUUCGGGCAGCUGGGGAACAGCUCUAGCGCGUGUAGCGGCUCUGAACGCGGCUAUACAAGAAGGAUUUGAUCCUGAAGUCAGGAUGUGGGUGAGAGAACAGGAGAUCCAUAACGGUAAAAGACUCAUCGAUAUCAUAAACGAGGGCUCGCGUCAGAACGAAAAGUACCUCCCCGAUGUCGACCUUCCCGAGAACCUCGUCGCGGUGUCUUCCCUUAAAGAGACCGUCAGAGACGCGUCGCUCAUCCUAUUCGUCGUUCCACACCAAUUCUUAGCUGCUGCUCUCAAGGAGCUCAAAGCCCCGGGCGUAGUCAACCCCAAGGCUCGUGCGAUCUCCGCGAUCAAGGGCGUGGACGUCGUCAUCGAGAAGGACGCGACAGGCAAGACUACCAAAGCCGACAUCUACACCUUCCCCUCUGUAAUCGAGAAAGAACUCGGGAUCCCGUGUACCGCUCUUGGAGGCGCCAACAUCGCGCUUGACGUAGGACGAGGGGAGUUCUGCGAGACGACGAUUGGCGUGCCUUCUGCAAAGGACGCGGCGCUGUGGCAUGCGGUAUUCGACGGGCCUGCGUUUAGAGUACACCCGAUUGAGGACGUUGCUGGGGUGAGUUUGAGCGGGGCGCUGAAGAAUAUCGUGGCUCUCGCAGCUGGGUUCGUUGACGGGAUGGGACUCGGUGGGAAUACCAAGGCAGCGAUUUUGAGAGUGGGACUGUUGGGGAUGGCCAUGUUCACGCAGGAUUUCUUCCCUGGAAGUUCGUCGUUCACGUUUUCGCAUCAUUCUGCUGGUAUGGCUGACCUGAUUACGACGUCUUUUGGUGGUCGUAACCGAAAGUGUGCCGAGGCGUUUAUCAAGAGCAAGCCGGAGUAUGCUCCCGCUGGGACUGUCACCAAUGGGAAGGGAAAGACUUUCCUAGAGCUUGAGGAAGAACUUUUGAAUGGCCAGAAACUCCAAGGAACGCUAACCGCGCAGGAGGUCUUUGAUUUCCUAGAAGCUCGAGGACGGUUGGAGGCGUACCCGCUCUUUGAGAAGGUUUAUAGGAUUUCAUUUGAAGGCAUGGACCCGAAGAGACUCUUCGAGGAUUUGUGA